AUGGGUAGUGAUAGCUUGAUUGAAAUAUUUACCCAUCGUGGUGAAAGAUCACCAGAUCCAAGCUGGCAAACACUAUCGCAUAAAGGAACUAUUGCCAACAUUGAAUAUAGGAUACGGGUCCUCUGUGAUAAAAAUUAUUAUAAUAAAACUUGCAAAAAGUACUGUCGGCCCAGGAAUGAUUCUUUUGGACACAAUACCUGUAAUGAAAAUGGGGACAAAAUUUGUUUGGAAGGCUGGACAGGGAAACAUUGUAUGAAAGCAAUAUGUCUUGCUGGUUGUCAUCCCACUCAAGGAUCUUGUGAAGUACCGGGAGAAUGCAAUUGUACAGAUGGUUGGCAAGGACCACUUUGUGAUCAAUGCAGUCCUUAUCCAGGCUGUUUGCACGGCACCUGUAGAGAACCUUGGGAAUGUAACUGUGCUAGGAAUUGGGGGGGAAUUCUCUGUAAUAAAGAUCUUAACUACUGCGGAACUUAUCAACCUUGCUUGAAUGGUGGCAUUUGCCAAAACACCAAACCUGAUGAAUAUUCUUGCACCUGUUCUAAAGGAUUUUCUGGAGGAAACUGUGAAAUAGUUGAUCGUGACUGUGAAACUAAUCCAUGUGAAAAUGGUGGCACAUGUGUAAUUGCAGCAAAUGGAGUGUCUUGUAUUUGUGCUCCUGGCUGGACUGGAUCUUUGUGUGAAACUGAUAUUGACGAGUGUGCAUCAAACCCAUGCAUGAAUAAUGGCUGGUGUGAAAAUCAAGUCAAUGGAUACAAAUGCCAUUGUCGUCCUGGCUGGCAAGGGGCUCAGUGCCAGCUGGAUGUCGAUGAAUGCAAAGACAGCACCUGUGUGAAUGCAAUCUACUGUCGGAAUCUUCAAGGUAGCUAUGAAUGUCAGUGCCAGGCAGGUUGGACUGGGAAAAACUGUGAUAUGAACAUCAUUGAUUGUGUUGGUCAAUGUCACAAUGGUGCUACAUGCGUUAACCUUGUGAAUGAUUACCGUUGUCAGUGCAGACCAGGCUUUACAGGGCGGCACUGUGAUGCAGCGAUAAAUGGGUGCCAUAGCCUACCCUGUCUAAAUGGAGGUGUAUGUUAUGACCUUAACGAUGGCUUCAGAUGUGAGUGUCCCUCAGGCUAUGUUGGUUUACAGUGUCAGAUUGCUAUCAAUUCGUGCCAACAAAACCCUUGCAGAUCUGGUUCUACAUGUUAUGAUAUGCGAGGAGAUUUCUACUGCCAUUGUCAGCCUGGUUUUGAAGGAAAAACUUGUGAAAAAAAGAAGAAAAUUUGUCCAAAUGGUUCUUGUGAAGUUAUUGACCAAUGUACCAUAUCUGUUCCGUCCAACCGAACUAGUGGGGAGGUGCGUUCAAUAUCAUCCAACAUCUGUGGUAAACAUGGAAUUUGUCGAAGUCAGGCUGGAAGUGGUUUUGUAUGUGAAUGCCAGUCAGGCUACCAGGGAACAUAUUGUCAUGAAAGAAACAUUUUGAACAUGGAAAUAAAGCUCCUAUUCCAUUAUGCCAACCACAGUCAAAUGAUGCUACCUAGUGAACUAGUUUUUCAAGGUUGCAUCAAGUUGUACAGAUCUUCUUGGCAGAGCUGUAAUUCAAACCCUUGUCAGAAAGGAGGAACCUGUGUCAAUUCUGGCGACAGCUUCACCUGUUUUUGUAAGGAAGGAUUUGAAGGCAAUGUCUGUGAGAAGAACAUUAAUGAUUGCUACCCGUUUCCUUGUUACAAUGGUGCUCAGUGUAUUGAUGGUGUAAAUUGGUACUUGUGUGAAUGUAGCAAAGGCUUUGCUGGACCAAACUGCAGAAUAAAUUUACAAGAAUGUACUUCAAAUCCAUGUGCUUUUGGCAGUACUUGCAUUGAUGAAAUUGGUAGCUAUAAAUGUAUUUGUCCUCCCGGAAGAACUGGAAAUCAAUGUGAAAAUGUUAUUGGACAUUUGCCUUCUCCUAAUUCCUGUAUUUUCAAACAACAUGUCUACUCUGACAAAAGCUCAUGGCAACAUGAGUGCAAUUCUUGUCAUUGCAACGAUGGUCGCGUUCAUUGUACAAAGGUUUGGUGCGGACCCAAAAACUGCUUGAGCCAUCCGAAUGUUUCUGAGCCAGUCGAUAUAUGUGCACAUGAUGAAACGUGUGUUGUAAAAACAACACAGACAUGCUUUACACCACCCUGCUUGCCUUGGGGUCACUGUAAACAUAUAUCAAAGAUUGAAGAUUCUGCUCCUAGAGAUAUACAAACCAACUGUAUACCAAAUGAAGCAAAAAUCAGCAAUAACUGUGCAAAAAUCAACCUUCUCUUUGACAAAUCUCGGAUGCCAAAAGGCGUAUCUGUUGGCAAUAUCUGCAAUUCUCUUCGAGCCUUCCCCAAAGUGCAAGCUUACGCCAAGAAAGAAACCAUUAUUAUUCUAUGUGCUAUCCAACUUCGAAGAGCUGACUCCAUUGAAAUUACACUGUCAAUGGAUAUAAAGCACAAUGAUAAUUCAGGAAUCCUGAUUUCUACCUUAAAAGAUCUUGUUGAAGAAACGGCUAAUGCUGUCAGUCAAAAACUUGUCAAUAGCAGUGCCUUAAAAGCUGUCAUCGAUGUCCAGGUAGAAACUAAUGUCAUCCCCAAAAAACCUUCAGGUAACAACUAUACACCUGUGAUUCCAAUUCUUUGCGCAGUUGUUGGUCUUCUGGGUUUGAUUAGUAUUAUACUUCUGAUAUUUUGGUAUCGACGACGCUGGACCAGCAAAAGAGCAAGAAGAAUGGAACGUGCAAUUCAUCAAAAAACAAACAAUGAAAAUGAAGAAGCCUUAACUCACUUCCAAAGGAAAUCUUUGUUUGACAUCGACAAAGGAGGUGGAGGAGGAGGAGGAACGUCAAAUUUCCUAACAACAGAGUUUAACGAGAUUGGUAUUGAAAAAUAUGAAAAGGUUUCAGCUCCUAAAAGACUUUUACCUACGAGGGCAGAUUCAUACGAAAAGCUGAAACAGAAAACCCCAUUGAGAAAAAUGACAAAGAAAAAAGACAUAAAUAUUGAAAUAUCACGAACAUUAGCCGCAGCAGCUGCGGCUGAAAGGGAGAUAAUUAUGUAAACAUAACGGUUGACAAAAGAAUAUGCCACAUAAAUAAUAAUAAUAAUAAUGAUGAUAAUAAUAAUAAUAAUGAUAAUAAUAAUAAUAAUAUUAAUAUUAAUAAUAAUAAUCUGAUCAAUAUAAAGGAACAUUGAAACAUUUUUAAAUAUUUGUGUUUAUAUAAUCAAAAACUGUUCCUAAGAUAUACUUCCACCUCUUCUAGUUAUAUACUUUAUAAUAACAUACAUACAUAUCUACUUUUCAACUGGAUACCAAAUAUAUGUAUAUAGAAAAAGCUGUAUGUGCAUACAUAUAUGCAUAGAUACAUGAUUUAUAUAAAUAUGCAUGUAUGCAUAUUUGUACACACACACACAGACAAAAUGCAACAAACAAACAUAUAGAAGCUAAUACAUUCACACACAACAUACAUAUACAUACAUACACAUACAUCUUACUUCUAUAAUUAGAUAAAUAUUUAUAUCAAGAAAAAUAGAUACAUUCUAAACACAUGUAUUUUGAAUUAUUUUGCUAAUUUCUCUUGAUGCAAAUACAGCAAUAAAUUGACAAGUGCAUGUGUCUCUGUGUGUACAUA